ACCAACGUGCACCGUAAACAAACGUGAGUGGAUCGCCCUCAUUUUUUCCUUUAAUCUGAAAUAGUAAUUCCUUGAAAUUGCAUCACCAUGAAAAACCUGUACCGCUUGUGCCACCAAAGCACCAGCUUUCGUGAACUUCCGACACUAAAAACCAGCCACAGCUUGCUGGCGUUGGACCCGAAUAAUAGUGACGUGUUUUACAUUGUGACACCGGAUGACCAGGAUGAGUACUCACUAUACCGUUUGGAUCGGACCAAGACGGCUUCGAAAUGCGAUGCCAGACUGCUGCUAUCGAUUCCCGGACAAGUGAUUGGACUGGAUUAUUUAGCACUGACAGACGAACUGUGUCUGGCUACGGCGGCCGGAGAAGUGAUGGUAAUUCGUGUUGACGGAUCCGCAGACGGGGGGGAUCCGGAUGAGGUUACUUUUUGUGCUGGCGGUCUGGAAGCCAUGGGCUGGAGUACGGAUCAGGGUGUGGUGGUGUUUGUUGAUUGCAACCUCAACGUUGUCACGAUGAACAGUGUAUACGAUCCGAUCAAUGAGGUCUGCCUCAAGGAUGACACUUUUGGCGAUCGAGAGUUUAUGAGCGUCGGAUGGGGCAAAAAAGAGACGCAGUUUCACGGUUCCGAAGGUAAAGUUGCCGCUCGUAAGAAGAAAGAGGAGGCGGAGGUAAUCGUUGAUGUGGAAAAAAUCGAUCCAACGGUAAGGAUCAGCUGGCGAGCGGAUGGGGAACUUUUUGUCGUGGGUUUUCUGGGACCAUUCGGACGGGCUUUUAAGGUGUUUAACAAAGAAGGAGCUUUGCAGUUUACGUCGGAGAAGUGUUUUGGAUUGGGGUCGCCAUUGGCUUGGAAACCUUCUGGAUUGUGGAUUGCGGUUCCCCAGGUUUUGAAGGACAAGUACGUGAUUGCGUUGUUUGAAAAGAAUGGUUUGAAACAUCGGGAGAUCGAGCUUCCUUUCAAAUCGGAUGAUGAGGUUGUUGUAGGCCUUCACUGGAGCCACGAUUCGGAGGUAUUGAUUAUUCAUACCAUCAAAAGCGCAAGCAAAGUAAAUUGCCUGUACUUCCUGAUAAUUUGUAAUUAUCAUUGGUACAUCAAACAAUAUCUGGAGUUCGACAAGCAAAUUGUGUCAGUUUUGUGGGAUUUGAAGUACUCCGAGGGACGGACGCUCCAUGUUUUGCUAGAGAACGGAGACCAUGAAGCUUCUCGGUGGGACUUUUCCGUUGAUCACUCUCGAGGAGUUGAUAAAACAGACGAAUCUCUGGUCGCAGUUAUCGAUGGAGAUAAUCUACUACUGACCAACUUUCGUAGCGUUGUAGUUCCUCCUCCCAUGUGUGGGUUCACUGUGAAAACUGGGCGUCAGAUUAAUGCCACAGGUUUUUUGCGCAAUUUCGACGAUGCAUGGGACUCGAACUGCUUUUUCGUAGUUGAUUAUUCGAAUAAAGUGAGCUUCUACAGGCCGGACUUUGUCGGAGGCGCAGUUAAACGUUUGAAUGCCGUUCAAUUAGUAACUGAUAUGGAGGUAGGCCCUGGUAUAAUGUCGCACUGGAUGUGGUUGCGAAAUGACCUUCUACUAGCAAUUGAAGGGUCAAACGAUUUAAAGAUCUAUUCAAUUGCCUCAAUCGAAGGUAAACUUAUUCUUCUCGAAAGUAUAAAAGUUGGCCAACAAGGUGAUCGAGUUGUUGCAAUCGAAGGAAUCUGCCGAAACUCUGCCUUGAUUGAACUAAGGACGGGUCAGACGUAUCGAUUAAGUCUAGAUUCAGCAGUUACCCUUAAUGAAGAUCUGAAACUUCCCGAGUUUUGUGAACAGAUCCGGGUUCAUCCUGUGAGCAAUCGAAUCUUAAAAAUCUAUUCGCUUCGCAACCGUCAGAACCUAUACGUCAAUGGUUCUAAGAUAGCCUCCGACGUCACCUCCAUGUUCCUGGCGGAGCGUUUCCUUCUGUUUACUACGAUCGCUGAACUGAAAUUUCUCGAUCUUCAGAAUGAUAGCGUGAUCGGAAGCCGUCGCGUGGAACGUGGCUCAAAGUUAAUCAUAGUCGUCCCGAAAUCAUCCCGAACCGUAUUCCAACUUCCUCGCGGUAAUCUGGAGGCGAUCGCGCCUCGCGUCCUAUCACUGUGCUUAGUAGCCGAUCAUCUAAAUGCCUUGGAAUAUCACAAAGCCUUCGAUAUUCUGCGAAAAGAACGUAUCAACCUGAAUUUAAUUGUGGAUCACAAUCCGCAGCUUUUCCUUUCGAAUUUGGAACGCUUUCUAGAGGAGAUUACAAACGUUAACUGGCUAAACCUUUUUAUCACCGAUCUGCUGAAUCAGGAUGUCUGUCAGACAAUGUACGACAGUAACUAUCGUAGCCAGGAAGCUCCAGGGGUGAUAAACGGCUACAAACCGGAGAUAAAAAUCGAAUACCUUUGCGAUCGAUUAUUACACGUUUUGAAUUCUCGUACGGAUUAUACCCUCCCGAAAAUAACUUGCUUUGUACGGCGAGGUCUGUUGGAGCAAGCUUUGCAGGUCAUCUGGGAGCUUCGAAAAACCCGGCAACAAGAGGAAGCCGCCGAAGAAGCGCUAAAGUACUUGCUCUAUUUGGUGGAUGUCAACGACCUGUUCAAUGUUGCCCUUGGAAUGUACGAUUUCGGGUUGGUCUUGUAUGUUGCAACCAAAUCGCAGAAGGACCCCAAAGAGUACCUACAGUUUCUGAAUGAAUUGAAGCGAUUGGAGGAACACUACCGAAAAUAUAGAAUAGACUGUCAUCUGAAGCGUUUCGGAAAAGCCCUCGAAAAUAUAGCCCGCUGCGGAGAUGAUGACGAUAAGUUCCACGAGGCACUGCAGUUGACGAUCACGCAUGGGUUGUAUACGAAAGCCAUGGCAGUCUACAAAGGAAAUGAGAAAUAUUAUAAGCGGGUAUGUGUCUGCUACGGGGAUCACCUUCGACAGAGUAACAAACAGGCAGAUGCCAGUUUGAUUUACGAGAAGGCUGGUGAUUUUCAGCAGGCGAUCGCGUCCGCUAGAAAUGCUGUUGAUUGGGCAAGGUGUCUUAGACUGGCAAAGAUGGCGAAUCAGGACGAAAGUGACACAAGGCGAUUAGUGCAGACUUUGAUACCGGCGCUACAAGAGACGGCAGAAUACGAAGCAGCUUCCUAUUUGGCCAAAGAUUACUUGAAGGAUUCCAAGUUAGCCGUAGACAUUCUGCUUAAGGAUCACCUAUUCGGGAAAGCCAUGUUGGAGGCGCAGCUGGCGGAUGAGUCAUUAAUCGAAACGAGAAUUUGUCCGGAGCUCGACCAGUAUCUGCAGGAUUUAGGACAAAAAUUGAGUAACGAAAAGGAAGAAUUUCUUAAACACAAGAAUCGACUUUUGAUUGUUCGGGAGCAAAAAGCCAAAAAGAAAGUGGAACAAGAUCACGAUGAAGACGAUGAUCGGGACGUAGAUGACUGCGACCUGUACUCUGAUACUUCAACGAUCGCGUCUUCCAAGUACACAAGCAGUUCCGGAAGAUCCGGAAAAUCGCACCGUUCUAGUAAAAACCGUCGAAAGCACGCACGCAAGCUGCUCAACCUGAAGGAAGGUAACCCGUUCGAGGAUAUUGCCCUGAUCGACGCACUACAUGCGCAGGUGCUGCGAAUCUGUGGCAUGGACCGGCAGCAACACAUCCGAUCCAUCUGCAAGGUCGCCAUUGAGUGGGAUCGGUUCGAGCAGGCGAGCGAGAUACAGCGCAACUACCAAGCUUUGUUCGAUUUGAUAAAAUUUUCGCUGGAUUCGAUUUGGAUACCGGAAAUGGUGGUACCCGGCAGUGGGCAGGAUGUGGAAGUAACGGCGGCCCUCACCGGUGAUCUCAGCCAUGUGCAGAAUGUGCAGCAUUACGCGAUGAUCAAACCCCAUCAGCGAUUCAAACCGGUGCUUCAAAGUAUAUCGUGGCAGUUUGAAGUGUUGAAGUAAUACCUACAGUGAUGCCAGAUUAAUGGCGAUGGAUUGUCUAAAUCGUGUUUAAUAGAAUAAAAAUAAAGUCUUGGAAACUUUAUAUUC